AUGCUAGCCGAGUUCCUCUCGCAACGAUUUUCCCUUCCAAAAUCAUCCAUCAAUGACGUAGCCAUCUUAGAUGAUAAUACAGCUCGAUUCAGCAUGUCAAAAAGAUUCGCGAAAUGCAAGCCGAAUAGCCAAGAAUAUUUGCAUCAACGGCAGGAAGAAAGAGUGCACGAAUAUGCACAUUGGGCCAUGAAUAUCACAAUCGUGACAUCAGGACUGGAACUGAAUUUGAAUGGUUACCUGUAUCGAGCUGAACCUCACACUUGGUUUGCUCAUCAAGUAGCUGAACAUUCACCGUCUAGUGUGGCAAAGACUGCAUUCUGGGGUAAGAUUCUGGAGCGUCUUGAUCUCCAUUACAGUCUUGCAGCUCAACCAAUUUUCGAGGGAAUUUCAUCGGAUAAACGCAGCCGCUCGACCGAUCUUACCCACUAUCCGUCGAACGCAACCACUCGGUCAGCUCGAUCGAUUCCGCAAAUUCCAUCAAUAUCAAUCGAAAGGUCGCGUAAUACGACGUACUAUUGA